UCGUAAAGCGGUUCUGGUCUCACCUGCUCCCGCCUCCCGGAGCGCGGACCCGGCCCCACCACCUCUGCCCCCUCCACCGCCCGUCCCCCCGCCCGAGCCCGCGCUGGGCCAGGAGCUGAGCAGGCCGAGAGGCCGAGAGAGGAUGUGUCCGGCGGCAGCUGCCGGGAGCAGCGCACGGUGAUCGCCUCCCUCGGAGGAGGAGGCGCCUAGACGCUUGCCUCAUUUCUUGCUUUCCCCCCACCCCCGUAAUUACAUUGGCUGCUGGAGGGAACCGAGAGAGACGGAGGAGGCACCUCGCUUCCCCUGGGCGCCCGCCACCCCUGCUCUUUCCUGUCCCGGGCCAGGAUGACUGGAGUCUUUGACAGUCUAGUGGCUGAUAUGCACUCGACCCAGAUCACGGCCUCCAGCACAUACCAUCAGCAUCCGCAGCCCCCGAGCAGUGGCGGCGCGGGUCCUGGCAGCAGCAACAGCAGCAGCAGCAGUCUCCACAAGCCCCAGGAGUCGCCCACCCUACCGGUGUCCACAGCUACCGACAGCAGCUACUACACCAACCAGCAGCACCCAGCGGGCGGUGGCGGUGGGGGUUCGCCCUACGCACACAUGGGCUCCUACCAGUACCACGCCAGCGGCCUCAACAAUGUCCCUUAUUCUGCCAAGAGCAGCUACGACCUGGGCUAUACCACCGCCUACACCUACGCGCCCUAUGGGACCAGUUCGUCCCCAGCCAACAACGAGCCUGAGAAGGAGGACCUCGAGCCUGAAAUCCGGAUAGUGAACGGCAAGCCAAAGAAAGUUCGGAAACCCCGCACCAUCUACUCCAGUUUUCAGCUGGCAGCUCUCCAGCGGCGUUUCCAAAAGACUCAAUACCUGGCAUUGCCCGAGAGAGCCGAGCUGGCGGCGUCUCUGGGCCUCACCCAGACUCAGGUCAAAAUCUGGUUCCAGAACCGCCGGUCCAAGUUCAAGAAGAUGUGGAAAAGCGGUGAGAUACCCUCGGAACAGCACCCUGGGGCCAGCGCUUCGCCACCUUGUGCGUCGCCGCCAGUCACCGCGCCGGCCUCCUGGGACUUCAGUGCGCCGCAGCGGAUGGGGGGCGGCGGCGGUCCAGGCAGCGGCGGCAGCGGCGCAGGCAGCUCUGGGUCCAGUCCGAGCAGCGCGGCCUCGGCUUUUCUGGGCAACUACCCGUGGUACCACCAGACCUCCGGUUCCACCUCACAUCUGCAGGCCACAGCGCCGCUGCUGCAUCCCACCCAGACCCCGCAGCCACAUCACCACCACCACCACCACGGCGGCGGGGGCGCCCCAGUGAGCGCGGGGACGAUUUUCUAA